AUGGACGACACUGUGUUGUCGGAUACCCUGCCAGGGGCGGUAGCACAGGAAACAACGCCGGAAGAUGAAGCAGACAGUACCGUUUCCGGUGCCGUUAACGAUUCUACCUCAAUGACACACAAUCAGUCUUCCAAAGCCUAUACAGCAAUUCUUAAUCUCGGCGGAACUCAAGAUGUUCCGGCAGCUGAGACGAAUAUAUCGGAUAUUACAGUGGAAGCUUCGACCGAGUCAGACGAGCCUAAAAAGCCACUGAGCUUACUUGAUCUGCCGCUUGAUAUUUUAAGAGAGAUUGUCAAAGAGAUCACCCUCACCCAUGAUCUUACAUCGCUUGCUCUCACCUGCUCCGCUCUCCAUUCGCUGGCAAUUCCUGCCAUGUAUUCCCGGUUUGACAUCGUGUGGCCAGAACCUGCUCCCGUAUCGGAUCAACCCAUGGGUGUUGAUGCGCUUUCGUACGGCUUGGCAACAUUGGUAAUGGGAGCAAAUGUGUUCAAAGAGACUCCCCAUCCACGGUCUAAUAGCCAACGGUGCCAACAUUGCGGAUGUGACGGGUCCUACCACCAACAAGGCGUCCAAGGCUCAUCAUCAUUAAGAACGAAUUAUGGACAGUUCAGGAUAGGAAAUGACUAUGCGCAAUAUACCAAGAAGUUCUGUGUCGGCAAUGGGCCUACCGAUUGGGUGCAGGAAUACGCAAUCACAAAAGAGACGGGCAAAUUGUUAGGGACAUUGGUGGCUCUGGCUGUUGCCCGGAUGGUCAAUCUGGAGAGCUUCAUUUGGGAUAUGCCUACAGGGGUCAUGCGAGAUGUCUUUCUUGCUCUUGCUUCAUUAGACGCACGCUCUGACAAUCAAGAGUGCCGUCUCGAACGAGUCUGGAUUCGAUGGCACGACAAUCGUCAGAAGAGCCCGCUAUUUCAUAAUUGGCCUUACCAGAGACCUGGUUUUCAAAAUUUGUACCAACGUGUCGAGUAUCCUACAUUCUCAGUCUUGCCGCCAUUAAAGUCGCUGAGUGUGUUGAACAUUGACGAGCCGGCAUAUCUGCAAGAGAUGGCUGUUCUUAUAGAACGUUCGCGGCACAAGCUACGUGAAUUACGAAUUGGGAUGGCUGCUACCUGUUCCAUGGAUGAUUGGGUGUAUCCAACGGAAAUAGGGUCUGCGAAUGACACUCCGCGAUCGACAUUUCCUGGAUGGCCCAAAUCAGGCGGCGUGUUGUCGAUUUUACUGAACAGGCCUAACUCAGAGCCAUUUUCGACCUCCUCAACGCCCACUAGAGAAUGGGUUGAGACCAAACUUCACGAUAUUCCGUCUUCUCCGACUUUUAUCACUCCCAACGAGCAAAAUAAUCGUAUGGAUACGACUACGCAUAUGCUUGGCGAUUUAACAAUCAAUCAGGCGCAAGCAGGGACUUACCAGAACGCAGCAUCUGUGAACACUAACUCGGCCUCCACAAAAAAAGUAACACCGCUGAUUACAGGUAAUUCAGGUGGUACGCCAAAUGAAAAAGAAGACAGACUACAGCUGGAAACACUAGAACUGGAGAAUGUUGUCAUCUACACGCCGCUGCUUAUGAAAGCAGUUGAUUGGACCCGUCUUUCCACGCUUACUAUCCUUCAUUGCGAAGAGCAUGAAUCUCUCUGGAGAGCACUACGCAGGAACUACUCUCCUUCUGAAAGUAGCCGACAAGGGUCAGAGACUUUAGGCCAGGAUGCCUACCCAUUCAAACUUAAACACCUGCAUACGGACCGUGUUUCCACCUAUCUGAUGCUCUUCUUAAAGGAAGCCAUUGCCCCGAAUACUUUGGAAAGCAUAUAUCUCCAGGAGGGAAGAUCUUAUACGACUGUUGUCUCUAUUGAAGCAAUAUACAAACAUGUGCUUCGCCGACAGCGAGGUAGUCUGAAAAAGGUCCUACUUGAUCGUUCACGACGUGGCGAAUCUGUAUCCAUUAACCAUGGCCAUUGGCGAGACUGGAUGCUCCCUCGAGAGGCUCUGGCAUUUGUGACAAGCGGCAAGAUGCCCCAGCUUCGAGAACUGGGUAUCGGCAUGGACCGUCGCGAUUGGCACUUCUUUCUCCAGCGUCUUCCCAGACUAGCGAACCUGCGAGCUCUUUAUCUGCCUAAUAUGUUUGACCCAACUCUUGGGAGGAAUAAACACCGGGAAUUGGCUCUGCAGAUAUUGGAUAUUGUCACGUUACGACCGGAGAUACAGUUAUGCUAUAUCGGAAUCGAACACAAAUGUUUCGAAAUUCUUGAGACGCCGAUGAAUGAUAAAAUGGACCGAGAGCUAUACCGCGACUCCCCUUGGUAUUCGGAAACAGACAGUGACGAAGUUGAUGAUCAUACCAAUGGUCACGAUUCUGAGUCUAUCAGUGGAGAGGACGAUAAUGAUGGUGACGACGACGAUGAUUUUCAUACAAACCCGCACGUCAUUCUUGAGCUGGAUGAGGACACAGAUGAAGACAGCGAGUAUCGUCAUGGAAAUGGCUCGCGCUUUGUCUUUAGACUGCGCGAGAUUCUCUUCUACGACGAUAAAAUUUCUGUCUUCAAAUCUCGACACUGCAGCUUAUAA